GUCCUAAAUUGAUUUGAUUUAAAUAUUUGAAAAUAAUGAGUGAUGUUGGUACAUAUUUAAAAGAUAUAUUAUUGUAGGAAUCGGCUUUGUAAUAAGUUCUCCCCAAAACAUUUGUUUUAACUAAAAUUUUUUAGAAAUAAAGUUUUCGCUGAAAUAAUAUUUGGCAACACUGCAAACAACUUAAAUGGAUGAUCAAAGUGAGAAUUCCUUGGACAGGCAAAUCGACGAUAAUGAUGGUAGCAAGCCUGAAAAAAUGUUUACCUUAAAAAAAUGGAAUGCAGUUGCUAUGUGGAGUUGGGACGUUGAAUGCGACAUUUGUGCAAUUUGUCGUGUACAAGUUAUGGAUGCUUGUCUUCGUUGUCAGGCGGAAAACAAACGUGAUGUUUUGGGCCGCCAGGAUUGCGUUGUCGUGUGGGGUGAAUGUAAUCACUCGUUCCAUCAUUGCUGCAUGUCGCUCUGGGUAAAACAAAAUAAUCGUUGUCCCCUAUGCCAACAAGAAUGGUCCAUACAACGAAUGGGCAAAUAAUACUCAUCAUAUGAAUAUUGUUCAUUACAUGUUUAAUAAAAUCAUUACAAUAAACAAAAAUAUAUAGAUCUUGCCUGCUCCACUGUAACUAUAAAAUGUGAAACAGUUUAAUUAAAGUUUGUUACAUUAUAAAGUGGACCAAUAAUUGAAUGGCCAAUUUGA